GCAGGGGAAGCAGGCGCGGCAGCAGCAGGAUCUGCCACAGCAGCAGCAGGAGCAGCGCAGUCCGCAAACAUGACACGCAUCCGCACCCUGUCGUUCGACCUGGGUGAGCUGGAUGAGCUGGAAGCCAACGUCGCUAGCCUCCUGUCACAUGCGGCAGCACCGGUAGCACCAGCGACAGCGCCAGCGGCGGCAGCGUCACUCACCCCAGCUGCCGCCUCCCCAGCGGCGGGAGGCGGGGCUGACUUGGGCUCGGUCCCCCUCCUGAGCCCUCAGCAGGGCGGUAACCCAGCAGCAGCAGGAGGAGGAGGAAGGGGAGUGCUGCCGCUGCCGCCCGCGGCAUACACUCACGUCCUUCUCAUCCACAACGCGGGCCAGGUGGGCGACCUGGCUCCUCUGGAGCUCCAAACCCUGGACAACAUGCGCCGCCAGACCGACCUCAACGUCACCUCCU